AUGUUGGUUCAGUCCUUGAUCUCAGCGACUUUGGUCGCCACAGGUCUUCUCGCCGAGGGUGCACUGGCCGCAGGGUAUCAUGUACCCAUCCCGGCUAAAGCUCAGCGACGAUAUGAGGACCAUUACGGUGCAAUGCUUGGAAAGCGGACGAGCUCUGCUUCCAAGAACGCAACCCAAGAUUUCCGAUACUUGACCAAGGAGACGAAGCCAUAUCGAGUCGAAAGUCUGCCCGAUGUCAACUUCGACCUUGGUGAAAUGUACUCUGGUCUCGUCCCCAUUGAAUCCAACGAUACCUCUCGUCAAUUGUUCUUCAUUUUCCAGCCCACCAUCGGCGAACCCGUGGACGAAAUUACUAUCUGGUUGAAUGGUGGCCCUGGCUGCAGUUCUAUGGAAGCCUUCAUCCAGGAAAACGGUCGCUUCCUCUGGCAGCCGGGUACUUAUCUACCCGUCGAGAACCCUUACAGCUGGGUCAACUUGACCAAUAUGCUCUGGGUCGACCAGCCUGUCGGUACUGGGUUCUCUACCGGUACACCCACCGCUACCUCCGAGGAAGAGAUUGCGCAAGACUUUAUCAAGUUCUUCAAGAACUUUGAGAAGCUAUUCGGAAUUAAAAAGUACAAGAUCUAUGUCACUGGCGAAAGUUAUGCCGGUCGGUACGUGCCUUACAUCUCCGAUGCUAUGAUCAACGAAAACGAUACCGAGUACUACGACUUGAGUGGCGCCCUUGUGUACGACCCCGUCAUUGGUGCUUUUGACUCUGUGCAGAUGCAGGUUCCAGCCUAUCCUUUACUCGCCGAGAACAACAACAUGCUCAACUUUGACUCCAAGACGUUGGCCGAACUUGAGAAGAUUCAUACCUCUUGCGGAUUCGACAAGUACAUUGAGAAGUACCUCACCUUCCCAGCAUCCGGCGUCCAGCCACCUAUGAGUUAUAGCGAAGACUGUGAUGUCUUUGAUGCCGCGCUCACCUAUGCACUCGCCAUCAAUCCAUGCUGGAACAUUUACGAGAUCAACGCCGUCUGCCCUCUUCAAUGGGACAUUCUCGGUUUCCCCACUGUGUUGGAUUACAUGCCAGCAGGCGCGGAAAUCUACUUCCAGCGCAAGGACGUUGUCAAGGCUCUGCACGCCCCGACAAACAUCACCUGGACCGAAUGUUCCUCCGAGGCCGUGUUCAUUGGUAGCGGCGGCCCAGAGUCCGAGGGUGACCUUUCCGCGGACCCAAUCCAAUCGGUCCUCCCCAAGGUCAUUGAGCACACCAACCGCGUUCUGGUCGGCAAUGGAGACUAUGACUUUAUCAUCAUGACUAACGGCACCCUUUUGUCAAUUCAGAACAUGACCUGGAACGGCCACCUCGGAUUCUCUGAGAAGCCCAGCACACCCAUCAACAUCACCUUGGUGGAUUUGGAAUAUGCAGAGGUUUUCGCAGAGAAUGGCCUGAGUGGUGUCGAUGGUGGACAGGGUAUCAUGGGCAUUCAGCAUUAUGAGCGUGGCUUGAUGUUUGUCGAGACUUAUAUGUCUGGACAUAUGCAGCCAGAGUACCAGCCCAGAUCGUCUUAUCGCCAUUUGCAGUGGUUGUUGGGACGCAUUAAUGAGAUCUAA